UGGACCUACCGUACCGCCUGUAGACUUAUGGGUAAUGUAGUACCAGAAGUGGGCACAUGUGUUUUUGUUUCCCCCUCAUUCAAUUCUUAAAAAAAAAUGGCAGGACUUGAGCUCCUCUCGGACCAGGGAUACCGCCUGGAUGGGAGAAAAGCCACCGAGCUGCGGAAAGUGCAAGCACGCAUGGGAGUCUUCGCCCAGGCGGACGGCUCUGCGUACAUAGAGCAGGGCAACACCAAGGCCCUGGCGGUGGUCUACGGACCCCAUGAGAUGCGAGGCUCCCGCAAUCGAACCCUCCACGACCGAGCUGUCAUCAACUGUCAGUACAGCAUGGCCACCUUCAGCACCGCGGAGAGGAAGAGGAGGCCGCACGGAGACCGCAAGUCCACGGAGAUGAGCCUCCACCUCAAGCAGACGUUUGAGGCGGCCGUGAUGACCCAGCUGUACCCACGCUCACAGAUAGACAUCUACGUCAAGGUGCUGCAAGCCGACGGCGGCAACUACAGCGUGUGCGUGAACGCGGCCACGCUGGCCAUCAUCGACGCGGGCAUCCCCAUGCGGGACUACGUGUGUGCCUGCACGGUGGGCUUCGUGGACGAGACGCCGCUCGCCGACCUCUGCUUCGCCGAGGAGAGCGGCAGCUCCCUGGCCCUGGCGCUGCUGCCCCGCGGCGGGCAGAUCGCCCUGCUGCAGAUGGACGCGCAGCUUCACCAGGACCACCUGGAGGCCCUCAUGGAGGCGGCCAUGACGGCGUGCAAAGGAGUGAGCAAGGUGCUGGACGAGGUGGUGAGGCGGCACCUGCAGGAAGUGUCCGUGCUCACCGGAGAGUGAGGCGGCGACGACGGAGAGGGGAGAGGACUUUGAGGCUUUGUUGUUUCCGGGGCCAUAUGCUGGGAGAGAAUACGGGACCUCGGUUAAAAAGGAAUUGACAAAUGUUUGUGUUUUCAUCAUGUAUUAUUAUUUCAAUUCUUUUUUUUUAUUUCCACUGCUACAUAAAUAAAUCAUACUUUAUAUAAAAGUG